AUGUUAGAUGCCUCAGCGGGAGGUGCAUUGGUUGAUAAGACACCCGUGGCAGCCAAGACUUUGAUUGCUAACCGAGCGUUAAACGCUCAACAAUAUAAAGGAAUUGGGCAGAGAGACCUCCCACGGCAGCAAGUAAAUGAGUUUAUGGAAGGGUGCAAAACGCAAGGAUUUUCCCCAAGCGUGUGUGGCAUAUGCUCCAUUCAAGGCCACCCAUCUGAUAAGUGUCCUCAAUUGAUUGAGAAUGGUGGAUGGGAAAGUGCAAACGCCAUUGGCUACCAAGGCCUGAAUCAGCCCCGAUAUGAUCCAUAUGCCAACACUUACAAUCCGGGAUGGCGUGAUCACCCAAAUUUCAAGGGCAGCAAAAUCAAAACAAUGCUUAAUCAAGCUAAGGAGGUGGAUGAGUUGAAGAAACAAAUGGGCCAAAUGGCGAAGUUCAUGGAGCAAUUCAAAGAGCAAGGCAAACUGUCUAGCACAACCGUUGUGAAUCCAAGGGGAGGAUUUGAAUCCGCCAAGGCCAUUACUUUGAGAAGUGGAAAAAAAGUUGGAACGAACCCCCAACCAUCAAAAUCUACCCAAACGAAGGACGAGAAGCUGCAACAAGAGGAGGAUGUCCAACACAUGCCCAUGGCAAGGAAGGAAACAACCUUGCCAUGCACUCUUAGCAUCCCUAAAUCGUCCACCACAGUUGAGAAUCGUAAAGAUGUUCGUUCUUGUUUUGCCAUAGAUGUAAUAGCAAAUAUAGGGCAAGAACGUUCAGCACCAAUUAAGAAUGAGAUAUUUCAAACCACCAUUGAGAAGGGAAUUGGAGUGGAGCACAAUGAGCAUGCCCCUACCCUCAAGAAACCAAAUCUGGCCGAAAGCACCCCUUGUGCAUGUGUUGAUAGUACUGCCACUUCAUUGCAGCACAUUGGUGAGCCCCCUCCUUCUAUUUCAAUUCCCAUUUCAAAUAAUAUGUUGUCACAUUCUUUGGUGCAGUUACCUACUUGCAUUCAAGGUGGUAAGAGAGUUCACAUUAACUUAAGGAAACAAAACACCACAAUCCGAAAGGAUCACUAUCAUUUUCCAUUCAAAGAUCCAAAGCAUGAAGUGUUUCGAGGAGCAGGUUGUGGAGGAAAUACACCUCUAUGCCAUAGGCUCCAAUGA